CCAACACGCUGAACAGUGGCUGUAGAACCACUUUUGCGGCCCCGAAACGUCCUCAAGUGAAGACUGUGUAAUUAUUCUAAUUUUAUCAACGACGGCCGCGACCUUCCUCAAUCGUCAUCUGUGUUCUGCUGUGCUCCGAUAACACGUCACAAGACUCAAUGAUGCAAUAAUUCCGCCAAAUGCCAGUCAGUGUGAAAAGUGUCUCAGAAGCACACGAACCGUGGUGGUUCUAAUUGGCAACAGAAAUCUUCAUUUUAUCUCACCUGAAACUCACUCUAUCUCGCUUAUCAGCCAACUAGCGCGACUGAGUGGAAAGACAGUGGUAAUCAAUGUAAAUAGUUUAAAGACUUUUAUAGGCAAGAAAAUCCGUCGCUUAAUUAGGAGGAAAAAUGCUUUACGUAAUCAAGAAAGAGAGAGAAUCAGUUGUAUUUCGUGAGUGCACGAGAUUUGGCGUUGGUGAUAAAGUGCAGAGAAAGUGAGUGAUCUCGCGAACUGUGUCAAUUGCUCAAGAUUCCCCAACGGACUCUUCCUCCUGAUAAGCUGAGCGCGGCUGAUCAACUUGGAAAUUGCAGUGAGUAUUCAUUCAUGACCCAAAAAUAGCAUCGAGGAAGUAUUUUGGGCACGAAAAUGGAUUGCUAACUCAUGCACAUCACUUGUGGUGGAUUUAUUCCACUGGCAACAACUGUAAUUUCAAUAAAUGCCCUUCUCAGAACUUUCACGGCGAUCUUUCGUGAGAAUAUGGACUUUGUGAUCGGCGGCGCAGCUGCCUGUUCGGCAGGCAUCUUCACGAAUCCCUUGGAUCUGAUCAAGACGCGUCAGCAGCUGCACGGCGAGCUGGACAGGGCGAAGCCCAGAGGUCAUCAGAAUCCCUACAGGAACAUCUUCACAUCCGUGCGCACGAUAGUGAAGACUGACGGCAUUCUGGGCCUUCAGAAGGGCCUCGCGCCGGCGCUGGGCUUCCAGCUGGUGAUGAACAGCACCAGACUAGGCCUCUAUGACACCUUCGACAAGCUGGGCUGGACGCGCGGCAAGAGUGGUCAUCACUCGCCCUUCCUGCUGGUCUUCUGGGGAGGCUUCAGCGGAGCCACGGGAUCAGUCCUGGCCACGCCUCUGUACCUGGUGAAGACGCAGAUCCAGGCGAUGUCGUCGGGAGACGCGGCCGUUGGACAUCAGCAUCAGCACAGAGGCAUGCUGGACGCUUUCCGGACAAUCUACAAAGACAGCGGUGUCGCGGGACUCUGGCGGGGAUCUGUGGCCAUCCUCUGUCGAACGGCUGUCGGAUCCUCCGUCCAGCUGUCCACCUUCACAGCCUGCAAAGACUUCUGCCACAAAUACGAGAUCUUCCACAAUAGCGUCUUCCUGACGGCAUGCAGCGCCAGUGUGGUCAGUGGCUUCCUCAUGGUGUGCUGCAUGACGCCGCUGGACGUCAUCUCGACGCGCCUCUUCAACCAGGGCGUGGACGAAAAGGGCCGAGGACUGCUGUAUCGCAACAUCUUCGACUGCUUCCUCAAGACAUUCAAGUGCGAAGGCCUCCGAGGACUGUACAAGGGCUUCCGGCCGAUGUUCUACCGCGCUGCGCCGCACACAAUUCUCAAUCUCACGUUCUGGGACAUGUUCAAGAAGUGGAAAGGACUCUAUUUCUCACUAGAUUGA